CUUAAUAGAGUGCAAAAAAAUAGGACAAGAAAAUAUGAGGCACCGUUAACCUUUUCUCUUUCCUUCUUCAAUAAUACAACAAUAAUAAAAAGAAAAAAGGAUGUUUCUUCAAAGAAACACCAAACCCUCUCAAUGAACCUUCUCACAAUGACCAACUAAAAAUUUCCAUGCAUGUAACAACAUACUAUUCUUAUAUCGUCUCAGCGAUCUUUUGUUCUUCAAUUCCUGUUAGGUCCACCCCUCCUCGUUCACGCAUGGAAGGGAGGACGCCACUUUCCGGUAACACGAAUAAAAGCCUUAACAAACUUUCUUCGGUAACAUCCCUCCGGUUAGCAUCCGCACCCGACCGAUCAUUGGACACCGGUACCUAUGUUGUCCAAAUCCCUAGAGAUCAAGUUUAUCGUGUGCCACCACCCGAAAAUGCUAAAAUCGUGGAAAAUCAUCGUGGGCCUGAUGAUAAUUUUCCACGAAAGAGAAGAUGUGGAUGUUGUUGUUGGAUCUUAUUAGGGUUAUUAAUAAUUGGUAUCAUUAUAGGUGUUACCAUUGGGGUUAUUUACAUGUUGUAUAUCCCUCAAUGCCCUGACUUUUCCAUCCUUGGUGUCCAUUUCAAGAAUGUCACGGACCCUAAUAGUCGUGACCAAGGUCAAAAAAAUCAACCACAACAAAAACCAAAAUUCGAGUUUGAUUUGAAAGUCAAUAAUGUAAACGAAAGAAUGGAUGUUUCAUUUGGUCAAGGGAAAGCCAAUUUUGUUUACCAGAAACAUGAUAUAGGACAAGGGAAAUAUCCCUCAAAUUCACAAAAAGCUAAAGGUUCAACUAAUGUUGAUCUCAAUCUUGAUGUUGUUUCUAAUUAUGGGAAAUUGCCUGAUGAUAUUAAGAAGAGCAUUGAAAAUGGAAAUAAAACAAUAGCAACUACAUUGAUGAUUCGUGCACCAAUGGAAAUCAAAAGUUGGGUUAGAAAUUUGAAGAAAGAUUUGACAAUUACCUGUGAUUUUGAUGUGCAAGAUUUGACAAGGAAAUCCAAUAUCACGUAUAAUAAGUGCAUAACGGAUUUCUAAUGCGUUAAAGGUGACAGGUGAAUCAAUGGAAAUUGAAUUAACAGUAAUUAAUUUUUAUAACUCAUGUUUAAGAAAGCAUGAAUUUUAAUUAUCAUGCAAUAUAUAGUACCAUUAUUGUUGUAACUUGUACUCUCUUGAAUUUAUUCUUUAUUUGUAAUUAAUCACUUUUUGUCAUCUUCACAUAAUUUUCCUCGUCCUUUCCAA